AAGCCGCCCACUCUGCAUAGUGUGGACGAUCUCAUACAGCGUGGCUAGGGAUGCACCACGUAAAAAUGUCAAUAACUACCCAACUAUCCGCCAUCUCUUAGAUGAAUGGCUGUUCAACACUGAGCAAUCCAUGCGUGGAAACCCCCACCGUAACAAGAAACGCUCCGCCAUUUUAAUUCAUCUAGUUAAAUGAUACCCAUCUGGUUUAACUAUACAAUAAUUGUUAUUUUCAAUUAAUUUAAUCCGAUUAAUCCCUGUUUGCUGUUGCUUUAUGACAAUGCCUCUGUCCAAUUGCCUGCGGAGCACCCUCGUGCCGCUGCCACGCUCGUUUCUCUCACUGGGGAUGGCGACAAGGCGGGGAAGAGGCGUUCGUUUCUCUUCAAACUCGAAGGCAGACGAAGAUGCCAAUGCAAGUCAACUAACUAGGAACCAAAUCUCUGCGAGCAAGAAGAGGGUGAAGGCGACGGUGGACGUAGAGACCAAGAAGAUGGGAGCUGAUUCUUUGAAUGAAAGGCUUGGAAGCCUCCCUGAGAUUGAAGAUUUUGCUUUCCACAAGACUAGGAAGUCUACUUCAAGACAGGCAGCGGUUUCAUCUACAUCUCCCCCUGUGACGAAUGGGACUGAUCUCUCCAAGUCAACAGUGGAACCACCUGCUGGUUGGCAGGAAAUUUUGCAAGGGAUUCGGAACAUGAGAGCUUCUGAAGAUGCUCCUGUAGACUUGGUUGGAUGUGAGAAAGCUGGUAGAUUUCUGCCAGAAAAGCAAAGGAGAUUUGUGGUUCUCAUUUCAGCUCUUUUAUCAAGUCAAACCAAGGAUGCUGUCACUGAUGGAGCCAUUCAACGGCUUCAUCAAAAUGGUCUUUUGAGUGCUGAUGCCAUCACAAAUGCAGAUGAGUCAAUCCUUAGAAGCUUGAUCUAUCCAGUAGGAUUUUAUACAAGAAAGGCUGUUUACAUGAAAAAAGUUUCUGAAAUUUGCCUCUCAAAGUAUGGAGGAGACAUUCCCAGUUCUUUAGAGGAGUUACUCUCACUUCCAGGAGUCGGCCCUAAGAUGGCUCAUUUGGUCAUGACUGUGGCUUGGGAUAAUGUUCAAGGCAUAUGUGUAGACACGCAUGUUCAUCGGAUUUGCAAUCGGUUAGGAUGGGUAUCAAAGCUAGGGUCAACACAGAAAACGUCAACACCUGAAGAAACAAGAGUCUCAUUGGAAUAUUGGCUUCCAAAGGAAGAGUGGGCUCCAAUCAAUCCGCUACUGGUUGGGUUUGGACAGACAGUAUGCACCCCUCUUCGUCCAAAAUGUGGCUCAUGUCUUGUAAAUCAUAUUUGCCCCUCUGCCUUCAAGGAAGCGGCUACCAGUCCAGCUUCUAAGGCCAAAAAGGCAAGUCCGAGGAAAAGAUAGUGAUGACAUUUUGGUCAAAGCCUAUGUUUCUUCUUUCUGUGAUCAUCAAUUUUUGGAGGUUAUUCAGGGAGGCAAGAGUGUUCGGCAGCAGCAUGAAUAGCAAAUUGAUGAAGAAUCUUUUUUGGGUAUUUUGGUUAAUUUUGGAUCACAGAUGAUCUGCUUUUUUGUCAUUGCAGCUACAUAGGCUGUCCAGGAGCGAUUUUGUCAUAUUUAGCCCCCCACUCUUUAACAGAAGCUGCUGGAGUAGCUGGAGAUUAAAGAAGAUGGAAAACCAUCUUAGUAUGCAUUCUUAACUCUGUAGAUUGCCCGUGUUGCUUUUUAUAUUAUUCUGCUGUUUGUAUUGAGAUAUUAGUGAAAUCAUGUCCUCCGCUGAAGGGCAAUGGAGUAGACAUGGAUAGGUUCUGUGAGUCCUUCGGUUUGAACUCUCGGCUUGCUAAUCAAGUAACUUGGCAUCAGAAAGUUUACUUGUUGAAGUUGUCAC